UCCGCCGAAAAGAGUGUCUCCGGGGAGAAGGAAGAAGAAGAUAAGGGAGAGCGUCCGUCCGCCCUCAGCCUCGGCGGCUCAGUCCCACUGAGACAGCGAGAGAGAGAGAGAGAGAGAGAGAGAGAAAGAGAAAAGGAAAAUGGAGAAGUACUUCGGGAACGCGUACAGGGGCGACCCGGGAGUGCCGCACGCCGACCCGGACAGGUUCGUGAACAUAUGGAUCGGGUCCGCCGCCUUCUCCGCCCUCACCUGGUCCAACCCUUACAUUUGGCAGCUCUCCAAUCAAUUCAACUGGCAUGACAAAGCCAUGAUGUUCGAGCACUAUCACUGGAAGAAAGCCAAGGCUAAAAAUCAGCCAUAUAAAUUCAAGUGGAAUGAGUACAUGGACAGGGACCACCGGGACUCAUACUAUUUCAAUUGGCCUGUUUACUUCCCAUAGGAAGUAUCAUUUUAUUGGGUUGCCUUUGGGUGCUGACCUUACUCAAAUAACAUGCGCUUGUUCAGGAGUUUGAUAGUAUUUCUCAUGGUUCUCUUCCUUUUACCUUGUCUAUUCCUGGUUUGAAUGUUUCAGCAAAAACAAAAACAGUUGGUUUCUUAUGCUGCUGUGAAUUGGAUGGAUGCACAUGAAUUGGCAGCUUUAAGGAACUUUUGCAAUGUCUGAAGUGCAUCUCAUCUUAGUGUGCUUGCAUCAUUAUCAUUGUGACGGAUUGGUUGAAUGAUAUGAUCUAAUAGUAUUCCUUGACCAA